GUUCUCUGUCCUCUCUGGUGGCUUUGAGAUUCGCCUCAAAUGGGAAGGGAAAUCGAUGAGACGCGCGCUGCACUGUUGCCACGGAACCACAGGAUGUGCGUGAGGUUGCUGGAGAGAGUGAUGACGUGGCAGUGAGAGACGCACAUACCUCACUUGCACACACACACAUAUUUGCCCACACACACGUUAAGUAUUACCCUACUAAGACAGGGAGGAGGGGGAGAAAAUUCUGCUAUGACGGCAUCAUUUCUCUCCAUUACCAAUGUGUGAGCCACACACCCACACACACACACUUAUACUCCGUGGGGAGUUGCCUUCAUGGGGGAUAAGGCCCUAUCUAGGGCACAACGAUGGAGUUAACAUCCUAUUUGUCACGUAUCUAACACUAACACAAACGUACACACAAAUACACACACCUGGAAUCUCAUGUCAGAAGUGAAGACUGAAAGACUGAAUGGAGAGAAGACACUGAACUUCUUGGAGAAGACACAAACAGGCCAGCCAAAGGCAAAAGAAUAUUCCUCAAGUGUGCUGAAAGGACGUAGGGAGCUGCUGUUUUACCCCCUUUGUCACGGGAGUUGUAUCGUGUAGGAGCCUCCUCCUGUAAAGAGCACUACCAAGAGAGCAGGGAGCGCCUGAGACACAUAGCAAGUGUUCUACGAAGUGCCCUACAGUUGUCACCAUGAGCUGUAGGCUAGAGGAAACACCCCAGCUCUAGCCUCUAUCUCCUCCCGUGUGAGUGUGUGUGAGUGUGAGAGCGAGUGUGUGCAUGAGUGUGAUGGCGGUGUGUGUUUGGGCGGCAGCCCCCCUGCUCUUCCUGGGGCUGUGCCUGUGCAGCGUGGGGGGUCAGGCCCAAGGGGAGGUCUUGGAGUUUGGAGGUGUGUCCAGCCAGUGGGGGCGGUUUCCAGUGUGGAACGCCUGCUGCGAGAGUGUGCUGAGCUUCAGUCUGCGGACUCACAGCCAAGAGGGCCUGCUGCUCUACCUGGAUGAUGAGGGCUUUUGCGACUUCCUGGAGCUGCUGCUUCUCCACGGCCACCUUCGCCUUCGGUUCUCCAUCUUCUGUGCUGAGCCAGCCGAGCUGCAGUCAGGUGUGGCGGUGAGUGAUGGGCACUGGCACGCAGUGCGUGUCAAGCGGGACUGGAGGAACACCUCGUUGGAGGUGGACGGGCGACUGGAGGGAUGGGCGGAAGUGAAGAGCAAGAGAAGAGACAUGACAGUAUUCAGCCACACAUUCAUGGGUGGGGUGACACCAGAACUCCACUCCUCGCCCUUGCGCCUCACAUCCCCUUCGGUGCGGGAUCACCCCGCCUUCCGUGGCUGGAUCACGGCGGUGGGCAUCAACGGCUCACUGGUGACUCUGGACAGCUCAGAGGGCGUCACAGUAACAGCUGGCUGUGGGCCGGAUCACCAGUGCCAGAACGGAGGGGUGUGCAGCGUGGUCAACGACCAGGCCGUCUGCGACUGCUCCGACACCGGUUACCAAGGCAAUGACUGCAGUGAAGAGCACAGCUACACUCCAGGUCUGGCACACCUGAUGAUUGGCGACCAAGCUCGCGAGGAGUAUGUUGCCACCUUCAAGGGCUCUGAGUACUUCUGCUAUGACCUGUCGCCCAACCCCAUCCAGUCUAGCAGCGAUGAAAUCACACUCUCCUUCAAGACACUGCAGCGCAACGGCCUGAUGCUGCAUACCGGCAAGUCAGCCGACUACGUCAACCUGGCGCUGAAGAACGGUGCCGUGUCACUUGUCAUCAACCUCGGCUCUGGGGCCUUCGAGGCCUUGGUGGAGCCCGUCAAUGGCAAGUUCAAUGACAACGCCUGGCACGACGUCAAGGUCACCCGCAACCUGAGACAGCACUCAGGCAUUGGACACGCUAUGGUGACCAUCUCUGUGGACGGCAUCCUGACCACCACGGGCUACACCCAGGAAGACUACACCAUGCUGGGCUCUGACGACUUCUUCUACGUGGGAGGAAGCCCGAGCACCGCUGACCUACCUGGUUCUCCAGUCAGCAAUAACUUCAUGGGCUGUCUCAAAGAGGUGGUGUAUAAGAACAAUGAUGUACGAUUGGAGCUGUCUAGACUGGCCAAACAGGGAGACCCAAAGAUGAAGGUAAGUGGGGUGGUGUCCUUUAAGUGUGAGAGUGUGGCCACACUAGACCCCGUGACCUUUGACACCCCAGAGUCUUUUGUGGCCCUGAGCAAAUGGACAGCGAAGAAGGCGGGAUCGAUCUCGUUUGACUUCAGGACCACAGAGCCGAAUGGGUUGAUGCUUUUUAGCCAUGGAAAACCUAGACAGCAGCAACGCAAGGACCCACGCACGCCUCCUACACUCAAGGUGGAUUUUUUUGCCAUUGAGAUGCUGGAUGGGCACCUGUACUUGCUGCUGGACAUGGGCUCAGGAACCACCAAGACUAAGGCUAUCGACAGAAAGGUCAAUGACGGAGAAUGGUAUCAUGUGGACUUCCAAAGAGACGGACGCUCAGGAACCAUCUCGGUGAAUAGUGUAAGAACAGCGUACACCGCUCCGGGAGACAGUGAGAUCUUGGACCUGGAUGACACUUUGUACCUUGGAGGACUACCUGAGGACCGCGCUGGACUCAUCUUCCCUACAGAGGUGUGGACGGCUCUGUUGAACUACGGUUACGUGGGCUGUAUCAGAGACCUGUUUGUGGACGGGCAGAGCAAAGACAUCCGGAGGCUGGCCGAGGCCCAGAGGGCUGUGGGGGUGAAGCCCUCAUGCUCCAGAGAGCCCCCCAAACAGUGCCUAUCCAACCCCUGCCAGCACAACGGCAUCUGCAGGGAGGGUUGGAAUCGCUACGUCUGCGACUGCUCUGGGACAGGAUACCUUGGACGCUCCUGUGAGAGAGAUGCGACUAUCCUGUCGUACGACGGCAGUAAGUUUAUGAAGGUGCAGUUGCCUGUGGCGAUGCACACCGAGGCAGAGGACGUCUCGCUACGCUUUCGCUCCCAGCGGGCCUAUGGCGUUCUCAUGGCAACCACAUCCCGUAACUCCGCAGACACCCUUCGUCUGGAGCUGGAUGGGGGCCGUGUCCGACUCACUGUCAACCUAGACUGUAUCAGGAUAAACUGUACAGCCAGUAAAGGCCCAGAGACCAUCUUUGCGGGGUCGGGCCUCAAUGAUAAUGAGUGGCACACAGUGAGGGUAGUCCGGCGUGGCAAGAGCCUGAAACUCACCGUGGAUGACCUGCAGCCUGUUGAAGGUCAGAUGGCGGGCGACCACACCCAGUUGGAGUUCCACAAUGUGGAGACGGGUAUUGUGACGGAGAAGCGCUUCAUGCCUGCCGUGCCCUCCAAUUUCAUUGGCCACCUUCAGGGCCUGACGCUGAACGGCAUGCCGUACAUUGACCUGUGCAAGAACGGCGACAUCGACUACUGUGAGCUCAAUGCUGUUAUCGGCUAUAAGAGCAUCGUGGCUGACCCUGUCACAUUCCGCUCACGCUCCAGUUUCGUCACGCUGCCCACACUUCAAGCCUACUACUCCAUGCAUCUCUUCAUGCAAUUCAAGACAACGUCCCCCGAUGGCCUUAUUCUCUUCAACCGGGGAGAUGGCAAUGACUUCAUAGUGGUAGAGCUGGUUAAAGGCUACCUACACUACAUCUCUGAUCUGGGCAAUGGAGCACACCUGAUCAAGGGCAACUCUAACAGUCCCCUAAAUGACAACCACUGGCACAAUGUGCACAUAUCACGAGACACGAACAAUCUUCAUACAGUCAAGAUUGACACCAAAGUCACCACUCAGACCACCAUGGGCGCCAAGAACCUCGACCUAAAGGGUGAUCUGUACAUUGGGGGCAUCUCCAAAGAGAUGUACAGAGAACUGCCCAAGCUGGUCCACUCCCGCGAGGGAUUUCAGGGUUGCCUAGCAACAGUUGAUCUAAAUGGCCGGCUCCCUGACCUUUUGGCUGAUGCCUUGGCAACCGUGGGACAAGUAGAGAGAGGCUGUGAAGGUCCCAGCACGACAUGUCAAGAAGACUCCUGCUCAAAUCAGGGUGUUUGUUUGCAGCAGUGGGAGGGCUUCACCUGUGACUGCAGCAUGACUUCGUAUGCUGGGCCACUGUGCAAUGAUGAAAACACACCCAGUCUAACUUUAACCCUGAUGUGGGACUACAGGUCCACAACUGAUGCACCUGGGACCACUUAUAUCUUUGGCCGUGAUGGAGGCGUGGUGGUUUACACGUGGCCCCCUAAUGAACGUCCCAGCACCAGGGCAGACCGGCUUGCCCUUGGGUUCAGCACCCAACAGAAACACGCCAUUCUGCUUCGGGUGGACAGCGCAUCUGGCCUGGGAGACUACCUUCAGCUGCAGAUAGACAAAGGCAACAUUAGAGUAGUGUUUAAUGUUGGCACUGAUGACAUCAACAUCGAGGAGAGCUCCAAGUUUGUCAACGAUGGGAAGUACCACAUAAUUCGAUUCACCCGCAGCGGAGGCAAUGCAACCCUCCAACUGGACGACCUGCCGGUCAUAGAGCGCUAUCCCUCAGGCAACAUUGAUAACGAGCGCCUGGCCAUCGCCAGACAGCGAAUCCCCUAUCGGCUCGGUCGAGUAGUUGACGAAUGGCUACUCGACAAAGGUCGGCAGCUGACCAUCUUCAACAGCCAGACGACCGUGCGUGUAGGUGGAGGUGAGCGAGGUACAGGUAUGUUCCAAGGCCAGUUGUCUGGCCUCUACUACAACGGCCUCCGCAUCCUCAACAUGGCCGCUGAGGGGCACCCGCACAUCAGAGUGGAAGGCAGCGCGCGACUGGUCGGCGACAUGCCAUCCUCCUCUAUCACCCCGCAGUCUAGCGCUGCAGCUGGAGGCAACCGUUCUGACUCCGCCCCAUCAAUAAGUGACAUCACAACCACCACGGCCACCAACAGGAAACAGGGUGCCACACAGCAGUCGGCAGACGACCUGCUGGUGGCUUCUGCUGAGUGUCCCAGCGAUGAUGAAGACAUUGACCCCUGUGACCCCAGUUCAGCCCGUCCUCCCUUACCCGAGGUGAAGGUGUUCCCAGGUCCAUCUGAGGUGGUGCGCGAGAGCAGCAGCACCACGGGCAUGGUGGUGGGCAUCGUGGCAGCCGCAGCCCUCUGCAUCCUCAUCCUCCUUUACGCCAUGUACAAGUACCGCAACCGCGACGAGGGCUCCUACCACGUGGACGAGAGCCGCAACUACAUCAGCAACUCAGCCACACAGCCCAACGGCAGCACCAAGGACAAGCCGCUGGGCAUUGCCAAGAUCUCCAAGAACAAGAAGAACAAAGACAAGGAGUACUACGUCUGAGGUGGAAGACAUCCGACACACAGACAUAUACGCAUACACCUUUAUAUAUAACGUAUAUGUACAUAAAUAGAUAUAUUCUCAAAAAAAAUACAUGCACACUGACAUAGACAUGCUGAUGUUAAUGUUUACUCUCCAAUAAUCACACCUGCACACAUGCUGGCAAGCACAAACAUAUACACGUUCAUGCACACACAUACACUUAAGCACAAACAUACACACACCCACACAUACAGACUGGCCCAAGGACAUGGACCCUUAUUGUACAGUAUUUACCAAUGAGCAGAGCCUCUGAGAGAGGCUUGUUUUAUGAACAUAAACACCAUUCCAAAUGAUUAAAAAAAAACACCAGUUCAACUCCCAGUUAAGAAUCAUUUCGGGGCCAGCCAGAUGACAGACCACUCGCUCCCCUGCCACAGUGGGACCUCUCCUGUUGGACUCAGAGAGGUCAAGGAAGACUUUAAGUAAAGCACAUGGCAGACUGAGUGCGUUGAGCAAGAGGGCAAAGCACCGGAACAAAGAUAAUGUAAAAGCACCAAGAAAAGCACUAAGUGUCUCUUCCAAGCUUCUUGGCCUUCCUCCCUGUUAGCAGACGGGACUCGAUAAAGCACUGAGGAUGCCGAAGAAACAAGCACACCGAGCCAAGUCAACCCCACACAACAGGGCAGGAAAUCAGGGUGUAGCCAUAGAGACGGUGAAUUACGAGUGAAUAGGCAGAGGCAGGGCUGGUGCCGUUUAUAUAAUGGGUGGGCUGUGGUUGUUAAGCUGCAGAGCAGAUGUUUUACGGCACCCUGUAAAUCACAAAGGUGGAAUCAGCGGAAAAGGAGAUAUUUUCCUGGACAGGAUACUUGAGACUUCAGAUGCUACCUACAGACACCAGUCGUGCUCGACUGCGGUGUCAUACACACAUGCAUACAGCACAAAUGCACACACACACUAAAAUAAAAACAAUGUACACAUGCAGACAUACACAUACUUGCAAUGCUAAAGACCUACCAUAUCUUCAUAAGCCUGAAGACUGAACAAGAAGACAAUGGUGAAAAUGACAAAGACCAUCACGAUAAUUGUUAUGGCAAUGAUAAUGAUGAACAUGAAGGACAUUUGGGCAGUAUAGACUCUUUGGGGAAGGGAGGGGGGUGUCUUAUUGCACGUGAAUUAUCUUACUCCGUGUGAUUUAUACCACGUUGAAACUCCAGAGGUUACACCGUGACGCACCACCAUCAUAAACUUACCACCUUGGCUUGAAGUAUUCAUGAAUACGCACUUCAAAUGGUUUUCAGUCUGUGGGAUUCAAUAAUGAUUUAAUCUCUGAAUCGACUCUCAGUUCAAAUCCUCACUGACAAAGUGUGACCAUCUCGAGUGUGCUGCAUGCCUGAGUCUCUGAGCUGUGCUGUGAAGUGGUGGCGUGUCCCACAAAGUCCAGAGGUGGUAGGUUUGUUUGUGGGGGGAGGAGGAGGAAGACGGGAGGGAGGGGUUGGUUCGGUUUUCAAUGUCACUCCAGUGCAACACCUGGAUGUGUGCGCCCACCACAGGUCACUUCCUGUUUUCUAGCCUGAUGUCUUAUAGGCCACGCCCACCAUACCUGCUCUAACCAACCACCUUUUAUAGCAAAAACCAGCUGAGGAAAAGAAUCAAAAAAGUAAAUGUUACCAUGUGUUGCUAAUAGAUAGAAAUGUCCAGUUCAUGAUGCCAUUGGCAACAUGACAACUUGAGUUGCUUUGAUUUCAUUGGCUUUCCCUUUUCUCUCUUUCUCUUUGCGCCCUUUUGUCUCCAUGCUAGGUUGACUGAUUUAUCAAUGCCCACGGCAAGACCAAUACUGGACAGACAGAUGGGUUUCUGAUGGGCUACAGUAAAAUUAUCUGUUUAUGGGCUUGCAGUGUCUCAGCCCUCUACAGAUCAAGAAUUGUAGCUCCAUGAUAUAUCAAUACAAACCAUGCCAUGACAUGAACAAGCCCCUCUAGUUCUUCCAAGCAAUUAACCUACCAGUCAGAUGCAUGCAAAAUGACCAGGGCAAGAAAGGACAUAAAAAGGACUGUGUGAGAUUUCAAAGUAUAAUGUCAAAAUUAACUUAACAUAUUCCCUUAUUCUCUCCAUCCUUAACUGGCCUUUUAGACUGCCUUUUCCUUCCUUCUCUUGUUUCCCCCAUGUUUAGUAUGUUUCCCUGUUUGCCUUCCCAGUUCCUCUGUGUCUAUUGCUUUCUUUUCCCUUUAUGUUGUGUUGCCAUCUGAAACAAAGGAGGUGUCUCAACCAAUGGGAUUCUUCAUCUAGGUGUUCAUUAACCAUGUUUAUUUUCUAUAUGUACAAUUUUUCUACAGUAUUUACUUUUAUUUUUAUUGUUACGGUUCUUUGAUGAACAUAAAGUGGAAAUUUAUUAUGAAAAAUAGUUUUGAAGAUUAACGAGUAAAUAAAAUAUUACCCAAGUGA